AUGACGAAGACGAUGGAAACAUCAUCGUCGCGACGGGCGGCGACGGGCGGUGCCGCGACGCGGCGGACGCGCGGGACGUGGGACCGCCUCGCGCGCACGCUCGCGCUCGCGUUGUCCCUGGGCCUCGCCCGAGGUGUGGGCGCGCGCGCGGAGGUGGUGCGGUUGGACCUGGAGACGUACGAGCGGGACGCGUUGCGCUCGCGCGAGCCGUGGGUCGUGUACUUCACGGGAUCGGCGGAGAAGUGCGCGAUCUGCGAGGAGGUGUCGAGACAGUUCGUCAAGGCGAGUGAGAGCGCGGUCGGGACGUUGGGGGUGCGGUUCGGAACGAUGGACGUCACGGCGGAGGGAUUCGAUCUGGAGCGGUUGGGACGGGUGGCGCGAUUGUCGACGAUACCGGCCAUCGAGGCGUAUCCGACGACGGCGACGCUGAAUCCGUACGACGCGCGACGGAGCGCGAAGAUGGCGAUGUCGUUUCCGAUCGCGGAUCCGACGAGCGGACGCGUGGGGGAUAUCAGUUCGAGAGCGAUCGCGACGUUCGCGGAGCGCGCGCUACCGACGCACCUGGUGGAGCGGGUGAACGCGACGUCGCUGCGAGACGCAUCGUCCAUUCGCACGGGUGCCGCCUCGGGAUUGCCCACGGCGGUCAUUUUAACGAACAAACCCACGACGUCGGCGCUGUUGAAAUCGAUGUCCCACGCGUUCGAGGGUCGAAUGCGCUUUGUGGAGGUCGCGUACGAAGGCUCCGACGCUCCCGCACUGCCGGGCGCCGAGGGUGGUGCGCCCCGUCUGGGCGUGUACCCGGCCGACGGAUCGGCGCCAAUAUUUCCGGAGAGCGAUUCAAUGAAGCGCGAGGUCGUGAUGGAGUUUCUGAACACCCACGCCGGGCCCGAGGUAGAGUUGAAGAUGGAGACCAUAGCCGUCGGCGGAUCCCAAUCGGAGAAGACGCCCGAGGACGACGGCUCUUCGGGAUCGAUCCUCAAGCCGGUGACCGCCACCGCUUUCGUCGACGAAGUGUUGUCGAGCAAGAAGAUUCAGAUCGUUGCGUUCACCAAGGCUGGUGAGCGAUGCGGGAAAACCGUGGACGCGGUACCCGAGAAGUUGAGCGGAUUUGUCGCCGUUGUCGGUCUCCGCGAAUUCAUCGUCCACGACGACGACGACGAGGCCACAGCCUUGGUGAAGAAAGUUGGUGCUUUCAAGGAUGACAGCGAUCGGUGCGUAGAAAUCGUGAUGUUUCCCAAGGCUGAAGACGACGACGAUGACGCGCGCGAGCCGGUGAUUUUCAAGCCAUCCAACGGAGACAGUUUCACGCGCAUGGAUCUCGAAGAAUUCAUUCGCGAGAACCUCCAGGAUAACUCGAUCUUCGUCACGGCUAAAACGAUGGAUAAAUCCCUGUUCGGGAUCGCGUCUACGGCGCCGAGAGUUAUCAUGUUCAUGGAAGAAACCGACCAACAAUCUCGAGACAUUGUUCACGUCGCCUCUGCGGUGCACAAAGACUUCAUCUUUGGCGUCAUCACCGAGGACGACGAGGCGCUCAUGGAGCAAUUUCAAAUCACGUCCAAGCCGAGUCUUUUGGUCGUUUAUAGAGAGACUCAGGAGGACGAGAGUAACGAGAACAUGCGCAUGUCGGUCCAGAAGUAUCCACUGAGCGAACUCUCGUUGCCGAUGGUCAACGCAUGGCUCCACGAAGUCCGAAAGCGCGUCAUAGGCGUCGAUAAGGACGCCGUGGUACCGAUGCCAAAAUCCGUCGACACACCAUCGGCGCUCGAUGAGGAGUGUGCCGCCAAGGGUGGUCUUUGCGUCGUCGCAUUCAUCAAGAAUGACGACGCGUCGCAGCUCAUGAUUUUGCACACCCUGGCAAAGGAUCUGUACGGCAAACCGUACCACUUCGCCGUCGUCGAUCCGGUCAAACAGCGCACGUUUGCGAGCGUCUUUGACGUCAAUAACCCGGUGGACUACCCCACGGUGGCCAUCUUGGCGACGAGAACGUCGCGAUACGCGACGCAUAAGGGUGCGUUUGAGCGAGAACCCCUUCGCGAGUUCUGCGCAAAUGUCUUGAGCGGCAAGGUGAAGACUUGGCGAUUUCAAGAGAUGCCCAAGCUUGUAGAAGGUGGAGAAAAGGUCGAGGAAGUCGUGGAGGAGAUAAUUGAGGAGGAAUUCGAUCUGAGCGACAUCAUGGGCGAAGAGGUGGAGGGUGAGGCUGCACUCUCUCGCGAGCAACUCGCCGCCAAGGCGGAGGAAGAGGCAAAGGCGGAGGCGGCUCGGCGCGCGCAAGAGGAGGCCGAAAGAGCCGCCGCUGCGCCAAAAAAGAAGAAAAAGAAAAGAAAGGGAAAGAAGAAGAAGACCGAGCUGUGA